UCACUCAUCAAUUCCCUUCCAGGAUUCUCUCUCUCUCUCGCCUCCGCUCUCCACAGACGAACUCGAUUUCUCGGCCAUGUCUUCCGCCGACGUGUCCUCCCGGCGCCCACAUGUUCUCGUCAUCGCCUUCCCGUCGCAAGGCCACCUCCUGCCACUCCUCGACUUCGCCCAUCUCCUCUCCACGCGCCACCGCGUCCACAUCACCGUCGCCGCCACCCCGUCCAGCCUCCCGCUCCUCUCCGCCUUCCUCGCGUCCACCCCUCUCGCCGCCGCCCUCCCGAUGCCGCUCCCUGACCCUUCUGCUCCCGAGCAGGCCGGCCAACUCGCCCCGGGCACCCACCACGCCCUCCUCGCCGUCCCCCUCUCCACCCUCCGUGGCCCGCUCGUCUCCUGGGCCCGGGCGCAGCGACACCCGCCUACAGCCGUUCUCUCCGAUUUCUUUCUCGGAUCGGCGCAGCUCAUCGCCGACGACCUUCGAGUUCCGCGGGUCGUGUUCUACAGCAGCGGCGCGUUCGCCACGGCGGUGGCAGAACCCCUGUGGAGCGGCUCGCUGCCGCUAGAUCCGAACAGUUCGGUUGUUCUGGGCGAUCUCCCGGGUUCCCCGUCUAUCCCCUACGCACACGUGCCGUCGAUGUUGAAGGCCUACGUCCCCGGCGACCCGGACUGGGAGCUCGCACGGGAAGGGUUCCUGCUCAACUCCAGAGCUUGGGGCGCCGUGCUGAAUACCUUCGCUGCGAUGGAGGGCGACUUCUUGGAGCACCUGAAGCGGCGCUUCGGGCACGGCCGCGUGUGGGCGGUAGGCCCGGUUUCUGCCUCCGGUUGCCGCGCACGGGAGAGGCCGGCGGCGGAAACAGAGGAGCUGUUCUCUUGGCUCGCCGCUUGCCCCGCGCGUUCUGUGCUCUAUGUCUGCUUCGGGAGCAUGUACAAGCCGCCGCCGGCUCAGGCGGCGGCGCUGGGCGCAGCGUUGGAGGCGAGCGGCGUGCGGUUCAUCUGGGCGGUGAGCGCGGACGUCGCCGUGCUGCCGGAGGGGCUGGAGGAGAGGGCUCGGGACAGAGGACGCGUCGUGCGUGGCUGGGCACCGCAGAUGGAGAUCCUGCGGCAUGCCGCGGUGGGGGCGUUCGUGACGCACUGCGGCUGGAACUCGACGCUGGAGGGCGUCGCGGCGGGGGUGACGCUGGUCACGUGGCCGAUGAAGGCAGACCAGUUCAUCGACGCGCGUCUCGUCGUUGAUGUGCAUGGCGCCGCCGUGCGUGCUGCGGAAGGCGAGAGCGCUGUGCCUGAUCCGACCACGCUCGCGCGGGUGUUCGAGGACGCUGUGGACGGAGCGGAAUUGGCUGGGGUGAGGGCCAAGGCUGUCGCCCUCGCCGUGGCUGCCGCGGAGGCGGUGGAGGAAGGCGGCAGUUCCUGGCUGGACUUGGAGAGGAUGGUGAGGGAGCUGGAAGCCGUCGCGGCGGCGGCAUAGGAGAACCGGCAGAGCCGCCGCGGCAUAUAAUAGCCCUGUCUACAUGCGCCGUAUUUGGGUAUUGUGAUUGCGUCAUGC